GGAGGGUCGGGCCGGGCCGGGCCGGGCCGGGGGGCGCCGCUGCCGCCGGGCCAUGGCGGGGCGCUGAGGGGGCGCCGCCCGGCAGCCGGCCCCGCCGCGGCAUGGGCAUGGGCAGGGGCAGCGGCAGCCGCGGGGUCGUGCGAUGAGCGCUGCCCCCCGCGCGAAUAUGGGCACAGCCGUGUCCAAAAGGAAGACGCUGAGGAACGAGGCCAUGUCGUCGGUGGCGGCUAAAGUGAGAGCGGCAAGGGCUUUUGGAGAAUAUCUUUCACAAAACCACCCCGAAGGCAGAAAUGGCUCAGAUCACCUGUUAGCAGACUCCUAUAUCGGCCAGGAGGACUCCCCCGAGAUGCAGCAGGCAGCACAGAACAAGCGCAGGCUCUCCGUCAUCUCAGAUGGCAAGUUUGAGAGGAGCUUCUCUGAGGAGCAGACAGAGAAGAUGCCGAGCGAGGGACCGAAGCCACGGGUCUACACAAUCUCCGGCGAGAGGCCGAUGCUGUCAGACCACGAGAACGAAAGCAUGGAACUGGUGGUGAUGAAGGGGGCUGCCCAGGAGGAAUGCCACCACAGCCACCACGCGCACAGCGCUGGCGGCUCUCACGGCGUCAGCAGGCACUGCAAGGGCUGGCCGGGCAGCCGGCAGGGCUCCAAGGAGUGCCCAAACUGCUCCCGGCUUGCUGCUCCCUCACAUCAUUCCUUUGACCUGGAGCAGCAUCAGUCCGGUGAGACUGGGUGGCACAGAAAAAGGCUGGAGAGGAUGUACAGUGUCGAUCGAGUGUCCGAUGAUGUCCCCAUACGAACCUGGUUCCCAAAAGAGAAUCUCUUCAGUUUUCAAACUGCUACUACAACUAUGCAAGCCAUCUCGGCAUUCAGGGGCUACGCAGAAAGGAAGAGACGGAAACGAGAGAAUGAUUCUGCAGCUGUUAUACAGAGGAAUUUUCGGAAGCACCUCCGCAUGGUGGGGAGCCGAAGGGUUAAAGCACAAACAUUUGCUGAACGGCGUGAGAGGAGCUUCAGCAGGUCCUGGAGUGACCCGACUCCCAUCAAAGCUGAUUCCUUCCAUGACUCUCGAGAAAGCCAUGACCUUCAGGAUUCCUGCGGCACUUUGGAUGGUGACUUUGACUUGAACUGGGAAGCAGAAAAGGAGCUUGAAGCCAUGGCAUGCGAUGGAGAAGACUUUAUUCCACCAAAAAUAAUGCUCAUUUCUUCCAAGGUGCCCAAAGCUGAGUAUGUCCCAACAAUUAUCCGCAGGGACGAUCCCUCUAUCAUCCCCAUUCUCUAUGACCAUGAACACGCCACCUUUGAUGACAUCUUAGAGGAAAUAGAGAAGAAGCUUAACAUCUAUCGGAAAGGCUGCAAGAUCUGGAAGAUGCUGAUAUUUUGCCAGGGAGGUCCCGGCCACUUAUACUUAUUAAAGAACAAAGUUGCCACCUUCGCCAAAGUGGAGAAGGAGGAAGAUAUGAUCCUCUUCUGGAAGAGGUUGAGCCGUCUGAUGAGUAAAGUCAAUCCUGAACCAAAUAUCAUUCACAUCAUGGGCUGCUAUGUUCUUGGAAACCCCAAUGGGGAGAAGCUAUUUCAGAAUCUGAAAAACUUAAUGAAUCCUUAUAGGGUUGCCUUUGAGUCUCCACUUGAACUAUCAGCUCAAGGUAAGCAAAUGAUUGAGACUUACUUUGACUUCCGCCUUUACCGCCUCUGGAAGACCCGCCAGCACUCUAAACUUUUGGAUUACGAUGACAUUUUAUGAGCUGGAGAAGACUUUGCAAGAAGAAGUUGAUCACCAGUGUCCAAGAAGUCAUGCUUAUUGCAGAGAGACUUUUUUAUUGGCACAGGGAGCCCUUCAAAGCCCUACAGGAGGCAGCAGUGCUAAAGGGAGGGAAGAAGGAGCAAUCAGAAGUGUAUCGGGAGGAAAGUCUCCUGGGUCAAGAGAGACUGGAGGGAAAGGGUUUGACACCUCACUCGCCUCAGGUCAGAGCCGUGGUGUCUCAGGAGGAGCUGUGUGAAAUGAGGACAGGAUGGAGUUCCUUGCAGAACUGAGCUGUUUUGGGUCAGAAUGGGCCAGAUUUGAUUCCAGGUCCUUUUAAAGACUUUUAAAGCUCAGGUUUUCUUACAAAAAAUAAAAUAAAUUACCCAUGCACUACAAUGAGGAAGUGACCAGAGCACAGAGGAGGGAGGGUUUGGUACUGAUGGGACCUUCUGUGCUUGGGGAUCUCGGAGAGCAAGGACUGCUACACCUACUCCUGCAAGCUUAGAUGAAGAUGAUCCAGUUUCAAUGUGAAUAUAUACUGGAAUAUAGAAUUGAAGUCUAACUCUUUUUGUUUUGUUUAAUAGAAAAUAAGUGCAAUUUUUAUAGAGAGGGAGGUAAAAUCUCUCCCAAUAUUUAAUUAGUUAAAAAUAACACACCAGUAACCAAUAGAUGAGGUAUUUUUGGUCUGCUUGAAAAUAUAUUCAAAAUGGUAAUAUAUCUUCUGUAGACAUAUUUAAUCACCAGCAAACAUGGUUUUAACAUAACUUAGCAGACCCUGCAUGUCUGCUGCAUUGAUUAAUCUGGUUUGGUUUGUUACUUUCAGAGUAGCUGUGUUGCACUAAUUGUAUGUGCUCUCACGAAUGUAUAUUUCUCCUCCAGUUAGCCACAACUUCGUUACUUCUAUUUUGCUGCUUGCAAAACUAUGUGACUUUAGUUUUGCUGAAAUAUUUUAGGUUAGGAAUACAGUGUCUGACUGGGAAACCUCGGUCAGGUUCUCUAUGGUAUAAAAAUGAAUUAGAAAUUAAUAGCCAUGGUAAUUACUUGUUCAUGCCGGUGUUUUGCUACGUGUUGAGAGAUGAGUUCUCUUUCUAGUCUGCUGUGUUGAACAGCGAGGUUACUUGACCACCGGAAAUCCUCCAAGGAGACUGAGGCAUUUGGAAGAAAUGCUUCUUGAAGAAUACAGCCCGGGUUUGUAGCAUGAGUUUGAAUCUUCCCUAUGUUCACUUGAUUGCAAGUUGUUUGUGCAUAGAUCACCUCUUUUUUCAAUGCUAUAAAGACCUGUUUGUUGGUCUGAGCUGCUCACAUCCCUUCCUGUGUAGGACAAAGUAAACACAGAGCUUUGUCAAAGCAGGUGUGGUUUGAGAACCCAGAUUUGUACUUGAUAUUUGAGGAUAUAUUUUGGAAUAUAUUUACUUCUUGUUUGUUUAGGGUGGGGGUUGAUUUCUGUUUUGGGAUGGGUUUUGUUUUGUUUUGUUUCAUCUGCAACUCUCCUGUUCAGAGGAUAAAUACUACUUAGUCUGUGUUGGUCACUCUAGCUGUUCUGGGAGAUUAUACAAUUUAUUUCUUAUAUAAGUGAAAUGUACUGGGGAAUAACAGGGAAGGAUUACCUUGUUUUCCUCAUUUCCUGCUAUCUAAAUUAUUACAUUGUGAAGUGAUGGCAAAUACAUGUACAAAUCUUGUUUUAAAUACUUACAAAAAGAACUAGUUGUUCUGACCUGUAGAGUACUCCUUCCCUCUGUGACAUGUCUGUGGUUGUAAUUUUGGGGAGCAGGUCCCUGGCUAGAACUGCUGAACCCUGUACAUUUAUAGCAGUUUUAUAGCAAAGCUUUUGAAGAAACAUUGUACAUAUGGUAAGUAAGGAGAGGAAUAGGUGGAGAGAGAGGCUGGAGCCGUUGGAAGUAACAUGUUGAACCAAAUAGCUGUGAGUUAUUCCUCCCCCUCUGGUUAGGAGCUGUUAGGAGGCUGCCCCGCGCCUGCUGAGCUGGCGUGGCGAUGGGGAGGGCUGGUACCUGCACCCCAUCCCUGGCUGGACUCAUGCUUUCCAGAUCUGUAGUGAAGGGAACAGUGAGCAGAGGCCUAUGAUUUUGGGAAGAAAAUGACAGAUAUUAU